AUGGGUUCGCGAUCGUUAUAUGUCAAGACUGUGAAUUGUGUUUUGCUCUUUCUGUUGUAUUCUACUGCCUAUCGUACCUGUCCGCCGGAUUUCAAGGAUGUGGGCGAUGGGGUCUGUAUGAUUCAUCUGCCGCUUGCAGCCACCUACUGUGCAGCUCACCAGCUAUGCAAAGUGGAGGGCAAGAAACGGGGUUUACGACUUUUCGUUUCGGGCAUUCAUGCGGAGAGAAUUCCCAAAUUCUUUCCGGAUAUCAAGACUGUUUUCACAAGCUUGCAUGCGAUGUUGAAUCGGUCUAGCGAUCUUCAAGCUGGAUGGCGAGUGGGUGAUCCGGGGUUUGCAGACCACGAAACCGGCAACAACGAUAACUCAAUAAGAUGGUAUUCUAAAGAACCAGAUGAGUCCUAUGAAGCAAUCGCACUUUAUGAAAAUGGUGUACUGGUCGACAACAAACAAAAGUCGCGGAACGCCAGUGAUGUCAUUUGUGAACUCUCUAACCAGUCACACACUGGAUCCUUUGAACGCUUUGUAAUCAAUUGGCCCUAUUCAUUUCAUUCCGUCUAUUUGCAGCAUAACUCAAACACAGGCUGUUUUACCUCAAUCGUGACACCGGGGUUGUUAUCUUGCGGAUUUCAGCAGCGAUUUUGCCGCGGGAAUCCACCCACCAUUGUACGAUCGAUAGGAGACACCAUGUUUCUAAACGUGCACAUUGAUAACUUGACAGCUGGAGAUCAAUUUAUAUUGUAUUAUAAAGCUGCUGAUUCAUUCUCUAUUCCGAUUGAAAAGUAUUCAGCAAAUGAAGCACAAUCGUCAGUUCAGUGUGUAGAACUUGGUGAAGGCACGGACGCGACAGCCGCCAAUGGGGUGGUCUAUUGUGGUGAUGAAAUGUCCCAUGUGCAAUUUGGCGACAGUGAGGUCAUUCGAAUCUGGAUUCGAGCCAACAACCUGAAUGCUGGAGCCCAAUUUGCAAUGGAAGCAAUGGAAUUUGAUCCUCAGGCCGCUUGUGAUCAGUACCUGGAGACAUUUGACGGAACGGAGAAAGUAUUUCAAUUUCCCACCGCGGACCUUGUCCCGGCCCACCCCGUUGAGUGCUCCUAUACUAUUCUGACCGUGAAAAGAAGGCAAAUUCGUGUACAUAUUACGGACAUAUCGAUAUUCUGGUCAAGCAACGAGCAACGUAUAAAAUCGGUUUUCCGGUUCAAAGGAUCUCUCUGA